ACAAUGUACUUCGACGACUCACAGUCGCAGCAGCUCCUCCGAGACUACAAUGAAAAUGAAGAAGAAGAAGCUUCGAAUUCCGUUGUGUCACCGAGAACGUGCUCAGAGGGCCACAGAUCCACGCUCUUGCUCCGAACCAAGCAAGGCGGCUCCAUCUGCUUGCUCUGCUUCUCCAACCUCAUCUCCAACCCCCAAUCCUCCACCGUCCACGUGUCCUACGCCCUCUCUCAGCUCUCUCAGGCCAUCUCCUCCGACCCCCCCUUCCUCCGCUCUCUCGUCGACUUCCAUCCUCACUUCCUCGUCUCGCCUCUCGUUCAUGCUCUCUCUUCCUUCGACGACGACCCCAUCGCACGACAAGUCGUCCAUCUCAUUUCCGCUCUCUGCGAAUCUUCCGGUGCCUCGAUCUCUGCUGACUUCGUCGCUAGGGUUUCCGACCGCCUCUCAUCUGGUGCCUUGGCCUGGAGUCGCCGUCAGCUUUAUACGCUUCACUGCUUAGGGGUUUUGUUAAACUGCCAGCAGAAUAAUCCUUACGCUCACAUUAGAGACAAAUAUGGUCUCAUUACCAAUCUUGUUGAAGGUCUUCAAUUGCCAAGUGAAGAGAUUCGGGGAGAAAUCCUGUUUGUUCUAUACAAGGUAUCCGUUCUCCAAUACGCAUCAGAGGUUGGUGAUGGAACUGAUUUUUUAUUUGCCUUUUGCCCCAAGCUAUUGCGCUUGUCUCUAGAGGCCCUCAUGAAGACCCAAAGCGAUGAUGUCCGCUUGAAUUGUGUAGCAUUCUUGACAGUGUUGGCUCUGAGAGGGCUUUUCGGGGCUGCAUAUGCAGUUGAUAUAAACAGCAUGAGUUCGUCCGAAGGAGAUAGCUUUGAGCAAGCAACAGAAGAUGGAAAAGAUGCAAAUCCAAUGAAUAUAUUGUUUACGGAAGCCAUCAAAGGCCCAAUGCUUUCAACAGACAGCCAAGUCCAGAUCAGCACACUUGAUUUACUGUUUCAUUACAUGUCCUCCUGGGAAGGCACUUCAGGCAAAGAAGCCCAAUUCCUAGUGGAAGAGAACAUUGCAGAUUAUGUAUUUGAAAUACUAAGAUUGUCAGAAUGCAAGGAUCCAGUGGUCAAAUCUUGUGUUCAGGUACUUGACAUUUUAUCAAAAGCUGAGCAAGCUUUCAAACAGAGGCUUGUUGUUGGGUUUGCAACUUUGGUUCCAGUACUAAAUUAUGUAGCUGACAUUCCUUUCCAUCCAGUUCAAAAUCAGACAUUAAAACUCAUUCUGAACUGCAUAUCUGAUUGCCCUGGAAUGGUAUCCUCCUCUCAUAUAACAGAGCUAGUACCUGUUCUAGCAAAGAUGCUUAAAAAGCAUUCUGAUGGGGAGAUAGGCAUGCUUGAGGAGACAUUUAUAUUGACCUGCUCAGUUGUUGUAGCUAUUGUCAGAACUCCAUCUGUUCAUGGGAAUUUGAAUCUACAAAUUUCAAUUAAAGAAGCAAUGCAACAUGCUGUAUCAGCUUGUCUAAGUAUCUCGGAGAAGAAUCCUUGUAAACUUUUGCAUUCCUUGUUCCUACUUAAGGAGGUGUAUAAUAUUUAUAGUCGUGAAGGAAAUUCUACUGACUCCACUAAAGCGGAACUACGACAAUUUAUUGUAAAUGUAUGUACAAAACAUUUGUUACCUUGGCUUGGAACCAACUUCAAUGAAAUGGAUGAGGAAACUGUCCUUGGAGUAUUGGAAACAUUUCAUUCGAUACUGCUUCAGGAUUCCAAUAAUCAAGUAGCAGAACUCGCAGAGAACCUAGUUUCAAGCAGUUGGUUCAGUUUGUCGUUUGGAUGCCUAGGUUUAUUUCCCACAGAAAAGAUGAAAUGGAGAGUGUAUCUGAUGCUCAGUUCACUGGUAGAUGUUCUUGUGGGAAAUGAUUCUGGGCAACCUAUUAGAGAUGCUACUUUAUGUCUCCCAUCUGAUCCCAUUGAUUUGCUCUUUCUACUUGGGCAAAAGAACUCCCGUAAUCUGGAAUUAUCUUCUUGCCAAUCUGCCAUUUUGCUGAUUUUAUACACCAGUUCUUUAUAUGAUGAAAGACUUGCAGAUGAUAAGUUGGUUUUAGCUUCUCUAGAGCAAUAUAUUCUGGUCAACAUGGAAAGAACAGUCAUAUGGUAA